GGUUCUUUCCUUUUCCGCAAUCAAAGUUUGUAGCAGCAGUCAAGCAAGCUGACAUAAUUAAUGCCAUUUUAAUGAUAAGAAGAAGGCAAUUAGCCUUUAAUUGCAUCUUAAUUUCAACCAAACCAAGUAUUACUAGUCUACCAAAGUAGCAGGCACCAACUUUGAAGUUGAGUUUCAGGCUAAACUAAAAUCAUCUGCUUCCUUCACUUUCUCGCUCUAAAACGAGGCUGCGUGUUGCGGUACCUUUUUCUAUGUAGUUAUCCUGGUUCCACGGAGUUCAUGGGUAUGUAGGCUCACCAUUAAUGAGCAGAGAUGAAGAAAUGGUAUGGUGGUGUUCUGACAGCAUCUUUGUUGAUGUUAUUUGUUCUUGGAUACUAUAUUAUUAGAAAUCCUAUAAAUGAGAACUACUUCACUAGUCCUGUGAUUUUCAAUGGGACAAAUCCUCUGGAGUGGAUAAGUGCAGGUAGUCCUCCUGCAAUCCCCAAUCCAGAGAAAACUUCUCAAGUCUUCUCUGCUGAAGCUAUUGUGGCUAAUUUAUUUUCUCAAAGGAACUUGUCAAAAGAAGAAAAGACUUCUCUUUACACAUGGAACCGUUUGAAACCCCUGGUUAUGCAUGCGGAGGUCUUACCUAAUGCUGUUGAAGCUAUCAAAGAAGCUGGUGUAGCCUGGAAAAACUUGAUUGCUUCAGUUGAAGAAGAAAAGUUGCAGAGUAAUGGAAGUUUACCCAAGAGAGGGAAAGAGAAACAGUGUCCUCAUUUUCUUAGUAAAAUGAAUGCCUCGGAACUUGAUGAUAAUGGAUUUAAGUUGCGUGUACCUUGUGGCUUGACUCAAGGCUCGUCAAUCACAUUGAUAGGCAUUCCUACUGGCCUUCUUGGUAAUUUCCGAAUAGACCUGACUGGUGAACCUCUCCCAGGCGAGCCAGAUCCUCCUGUUAUUUUGCACUACAAUGUCAGGCUCCAUGGUGAUAAAAUAACUGAGGAUCCUGUAAUUGUCCAAAACACCUGGACAAUUGCACAUGACUGGGGUGACGAAGAGCGCUGUCCAAUUCCAGAUGAGGGAAAAAGUAAAAAAGUGGAUGAGCUGGACCAAUGCAACGAGCUUUUGGGUCAAGAGAAUAACCAUACAGUCAAAGCUAACCGGUAUACUGAUGGAUCGAUUUCUUUGGUGCAUGAUGGGAAACCUAGAAAAUAUUUUCCUUUUAAGCAAAAUGAUUUAUUUGUUGCUACACUGAGAGUUGGUUCAGAAGGAAUCCAAAUGACAGUGGAUGGAAAGCACAUAACUUCGUUUGCUUUCCGUGAAACGUUGGAACCGUGGCUUGUUAAUGAAGUACGGAUUUCUGGGGAUAUAAAUUUAAUUUCUGUUGUUUCCAGUGGUUUGCCAACAUCAGAGGAUUUGGAACAUAUAAUAGACUUGGAAGAGCUUAAAGCUAUUCCAAUACCUUCUCGAAAACAGCUUAAUCUCUUUGUUGGGAUUUUCUCCACUGCAAAUAAUUUCAAGCGUAGGAUGGCGAUAAGAAGAUCCUGGAUGCAGUAUCCCGAAGUACGAUCAGGACAGGUUGCUGUCCGUUUCUUUGUUGGACUGCAUAAAAACCAAAUGGUGAAUGAGGAGCUCUGGAAUGAAGCACGCACCUAUCAGGACAUCCAACUGAUGCCUUUUAUGGACUACUACAGUUUGAUUACGUGGAAGACCAUAGCCAUCUGCAUCUUUGGGACCGAGGUUGUUUCAGCUAAGUUUAUAAUGAAGACAGAUGACGAUGCAUUUGUUCGUAUAGAUGAAAUCUCGAACUCUCUAGGGAGCACCAAUGUGACUCGUGGUUUGCUCUAUGGCCUCAUCAAUUCAGACUCACAGCCUCAUCGGAAUCCAGACAGCAAGUGGUACAUUAGCCCUGAGGAAUGGCAAGAGGAAACAUAUCCACCUUUUGCCAAUGGUCCUGGUUAUAUUGUGUCAAAUGAUAUAGCAAGGACAGUAAGCAAGAAACAUCGGAAGGGUCGCCUGAAGAUAUUUAAACUAGAAGAUGUUGCCAUGGGAAUCUGGAUCUCGGAGAUGAAGAAGAACGGGAUGGAGGUGACUUACCAUAAGGACGAGAGGAUCAUCAAUGACGGUUGCAGGGAUGGCUAUGUUGUUGCACAUUACCAAGGCCCCAGAGAGCUGCUUUGUUUGUGGCAGAAGAUUCAAGAGAAAAAACGCCCCGUUUGCUGCGGCGAAUAACUGAAUGACAACAGGUGUAGAUGAUAUUUGUUCUAGGAGAAGCGAUCAUAUGAGUAUAAUAUGUAUAGUCCUAUUAUUGCUGUCCUUUUUUUGGACAGCAGCGGAGAGAUUUGUAUCAUAUGUAUAUACCGAGGGAGGCGAAAUUUAUUAGUACUAGUAUGUUAUUGAUCAUAUUUUUGGCA